CCACGGCACAGCCAAUAGUUUCUUUCAAACAACUGGAUGAUUCGCAUCAACGUUAAACUAGGCGUGGAUUUAAUAAAUCCGAACAAAUUUUGGUUUAUUGUGUGAUUUUUCCAACUCAUACACCGUUAUUUGUCGUUCCCAAUAAGUUGAUCGCAGGAAAAAUGAACAACGAGCAGCUUAAUCAAAGUGUUCAGCUGAUGAGUGCCGUACAGAAAAAUGAUCUUCAAGCGGUACAAGAACUUCUUACCGCUGGAGCAGACGUCAAUUUUGUGAACACUACUCACAAAAACGAAACUCCUCUGCACGUUGCUGUCACUGCCAGCAAUGCAAGGUUGGUUAAGUUGCUCCUUGCAAAAGGAGCAAACACUGAGGCAAGAAAUUGUGACAGCAAAAAGCCCAUGGAUUUGUGCUCAAUUUUGGGUGAAAAGGAGCAACAAGAGAUUGAAGCCGUUUUCAACGAGCAGUUCUACAGGACGAAGCUGCUGACCAUGGUGCUGUUUCGUUUGCUUCACGAUGACCAGAUCGAGGACUUCCACCUGGGAAGUAACUUGGGUGAGGUGGGCCUGUUUGACGACGUGGUGCUUAGAACCUGUAGCAACGGGCAAUCUCGUGUAUAUCUUCUUCAGGCCAAUCAUCGGGAACCCACAAACUUCGUUAAAUUAAGUGAUUUCCACAUAUCGAAAUAUUUCGAUACUUAUUUGAAGAUACGUUACAUGUUCAAGCAGACCAGUGAUCAUGCAAUAUUUCAAGGAAAUUACGAGGAAACAGAGUUGAAACUGAUAAUUUUCACUCCAGCUGUAGUGAAUAAUUGCGAUCAAGUGCAUUGUGAAAAUAUGAACUCCAAGGACAUAUUCUAUAACAAAUCGUCUGGCAAAACAAUAAAAAUCAAGUGUACAUCGGAUUUGCUAGAAUUAUUAAUAGAAAUCUCUAAAAAGUGGCAUUCAAAAAUAAAAUUGUUCAACAAACCAUCACAUGAUGAACAUGCUAAUAUCGUUAAGGAUUUCUUAGAAAAAGUGAGGAUUUAUUCAGAACAGGCCACGGAGGGAGAGCUAACAGGAAUUGUUCAACGCGAUAUUAAAGCCAAAGAUUAUGAAAGUGAAGAUUUAAUUUUCUCUAGAUUUCACGAUUCAAUAGUAAAUUAUUGGUGGAAUCAAUCCGGUAAAACGCCAUUUGCAACUAAAAGUUGUCAACUGUUCAAUUUAGCUGUGAAUGAAGUUAAACUGGACGAGAUUCAGGCGAUUAGCUUCGGCAAGGUUGGGAAAAAUUCAUUGAAGUUUAAUAUCGAUGCAACAUUACAUUCUAAAUUGGUCACUUUUUUACAAGACAUGAAGGAAAAUCAUCAAUUUUUCCUAAACAUAUUCAGUAGCACACCAAAACUCAGCUGUAUGAAACUCAUUCAGUAUAUCGAAUUGAAUGGUUUUGAUUUUAAGUUUGUUGUCAUCGAGCGAUGCGAAGAGAAGCACAUCAUUGAUGUUCUGUCAAAAAGUCAACCAAAAUGCUUGAUUCUCGCGUUUCUUCCUCAACUAAACAACAGUGUUAUAGAUAAAUUACGCCAAAAUGUCAGCAAAUUAAUAAUUAUAACUCGUGAAGAGUACCAAAAUGAAUGCAACACACUAGUCGACGAAACAAAAGCUAUAUUUGAUCUUGACUUUGAAUGUCAGGAGCAAAUUCUGAACAGUAUUGUUACGUUCCAAAGCUCUGAAAUACCUUUAAGGAAGCUUUUGAACUUGGGUGCUAACGCUAUUUUGAACAGAACCAGCGAUAAGUUUACACCCUUACACUGGGCGGCAGAGAAGGACUCGCCUGAGCUCAUUCAAUUACUCGUAGAUAAAGCUAAUAUAGACUGUACUACCAUGGAUGACGGUCGGACUCCUCUGUGUCAGGCUGCCCUCUGCAAAUCUACAAAUGCAGUCAAUAUGCUACUGAACAUGGGUGCUAAUCCAAACUUAGGUACAACCAGCAAUGGGUUUACACCGUUACACUGGGCAGCUCAUAAUGAUUCUCCUGAGAUCAUCCAACUUCUCGUAAAUAAAGGAGCUAACAUUGACUGUAACACCACGGAUGACGGUCGGACUCCUUUACACCAGGCAGCACGGUGCAAUUCUGUAAAUGCAGUCAAAAUGUUACUGGACUUGGGCGCUAACGCUAACUUGGGUAAAACCAGCAAUAACUUUACCCCAUUACACUGGGCAGCCGAGCAGGACUCGCCUGAGAUCAUCCAACUACUCAUAGAUAAAGGUGCUAGCAUUGACUGUACCACCACGGAUAACGGUCGGACUCCUCUUAACCAGGCAGCCCUCUGCAAAUCCACAAAUGCAGUCAAAAUGCUGUUGAAUUUGGGCGCUAACGUUAACUUGGGUAAAACUAGCGACGGGUUUACGCCAUUACACUGGGCGGCUUAUAAGAACUCGCCUGAGAUCAUCCAAAUACUCGUAAAUAAAGGGGCAAACAUUGACUGUACUACCACAGAUGACGGCCGCACUCCUUUGUGUCAAGCUGCCUUCUGUAACUCCACAAAUGCGAUCAAAAUGCUACUUGACCUGGGGGCUAAUGCUAACUUGGGAGCAACUAGCGAUGGGUUUACACCAUUACACUGGGCGGCUUAUAAGAACUCGCCCGAGAUCAUCCAACUACUCGUAAAUAAAGGAGCUAACAUUGAUUGCACCACUACGAAUGAUGGUCGAACUCCUUUAUACCAGGCAGCACGGUGCAAUUCCACAAAUGCAAUCAAAAUCCUACUGGGCUUGGGUGCUAACGUUCACAUUUGUACAACUAGCAAUGGGUUUACACCUCUUCACUGGGCGGCUCAUAACAAUUCGCCUGACAUGAUCCAACUACUCGUAGAUGGAGGAGUUAACAUUGACUGCACCACCACUGAUGACGGUCGAACUCCUUUAUACCAGGCAGCACGUAGCAAAGCCAUAAAUGCAGUCAAAAUGCUACUAGACUUGGGUGCUAACGCUAAAUUGAGUAAAACUAAUAAUGGGUUCACGCCAUUACACUGGGCGGCAGAGAAAGACUCGCCUGAGAUUAUCCAACUACUCAUAAAUAAAGGAGCAAACAUUGACUGCAUUACCACGGAUGACGGACGAACUCCUUUAUGCCAGGCAACACGGCACAAAUCCAUAAAUGCAGUCAAAAUGCUACUGGAUUUAGGCGCUAACGUUAAUUUGUGUACAACUAGCAAUGGAUUUACCCCAUUACACUGGGCAGCACAAGUGGACUCGCCUGAGGUCAUCGAACUACUCAUAGGUAAAGGAGCUAACAUUGACUGCACCACUACGGAUGACGGUCGGACACCUUUAUAUCAGGCUGCCCUCUGCAUAUCUACAAAAGCAGUCAGAAUGCUACUGGACUUGGGUGCUAACCCUAAUUUGGGUAAAACCAGCAAUGGGUUCACGCCAUUACACUGGGCGGCAGAGAAGGACUCGCCUGAGAUCAUCCAACUACUCAUAGAUAAAGGAGCUAACAUUGACUGUAUUACCACGGAUAACGGUCGGACUCCUCUUUUCCAGGCAGCCCACUGCAAAUCUACAAAUGCAGUCAAAAUGCUACUUGACUUGGGCGCCAACGCUAACUUGUGUACAACCACCAAUGGGUUUUCUCCAUUACACUGGGCAGCUCAUAAUGAUUCACCUGAGAUCAUCCAACUACUCGUAGAUAAAGGAGCUAAAAUUGACUGUACCACUACGAAUGAUGGUCGAACUCCUUUAUACCAGGCAGCACGGUGCAAAUCCACAAAUGCAGUUAAAGUGCUGCUGGACAGGGGUGCUAACGCUAACAUGGGUAGAACCAGCGAUGGCGUGACGCCAUUACACUGGGCUGCACAUAAGAACUCGCCUGAGAUCAUCCAACUACUCGUAAGUAAAGGAGCGAACAUUAACUGCGUUACCACGGAUGACGGUCGAACUCCUUUAUACCAGGCCACGCGGAGCAAAUCUGGGAAUGCAAUCAAAAUGCUACAGGACUUAGGUGCUAAUGCUAACUUGGGCAAAGCAAGGGGUUCACACCGUUCCACUGGGCGGCAGAAAAUAGCUCGCACGAGCCUUUUCAAUUACGCUAGCAUUGACGCCUAAUUUAAAGCUAACAAGUACUAGGUUGGAGGGUCAGACUCCUUUGUACGCAGCAAAUGGGUCUACAAAUUUAAUCGAAAUGCAUUUAGCCAUGCCUGUUCUACACAGAAAAAGAAUCAUGGCAAUAUUACAUCUGGGAAGAGGUACAUCUUUUAUGUCAG